AGCUUUUCUUUCUGCAGGGAUGCAAUAGGAGCUCAGCUGGUACUGUGUACUGGUACACAAGCUAAAGACAACCACCCAGUAAAGCUGGCAGCUUUUUAUACAACCGUCACUUGCCAUGAUCUGUCUUCCAAAUGAUUUGUUAAGAAAUUUCCAACCAGAUCAGAACUAAUCAGGAACUGCUGCAUGCUGUAUUUGUAUACUGCUGCACUGAAGAAAAGACAUCUUCCGUUUACCCUUGAAACUACUGAACUCCAACAAGAAUCCAGGGAACCUGCUCCUCUGCAGAAUGUCAAGCAAGGAUCGGCACAUUGAUUCGAACUGCCCCUCAUACAUCAAGACAGAACCCUCCAGCCCUGCCUCCCUCACAGACAGCAUUAACCACCAUAGCCCCGGUGGGUCUUCGGAUGCCAGCGGCAGCUAUAGCUCCACCAUGAACGGGCACCAGAAUGGGCUGGAUUCGCCCACGCUUUACGGUCCAACGGCGGGCCUGGGGGCAAACGGAGCUGCCCGCAAGCGCUACGACGACUGCUCCAGCACCAUCACAGAGGACUCGCAGACCAAGUGCGAGUACAUGCUCAACUCCAUGCCUAAGCGGCUGUGCCUCGUCUGCGGCGACAUCGCGUCUGGCUACCACUAUGGAGUGGCCUCCUGCGAAGCCUGCAAGGCUUUCUUCAAACGGACAAUUCAAGGAAACAUCGAGUACAGCUGCCCGGCAACCAGUGAGUGUGAAAUCACAAAGCGCAGGCGCAAGUCCUGCCAGGCCUGUCGCUUCAUGAAGUGUCUAAAAGUCGGCAUGAUGAAGGAAGGUGUGCGUCUAGACAGAGUACGUGGGGGGCGCCAGAAGUACAAGCGCCGGAUAGAUGCUGAUAACAGCCCAUAUUUGAAUCCACAGCUGGUGCAGCCAGCCAAAAAGCCAUUCCCAUUUGGCUGCCUUGCAGAUAACAAGAUUGUGUCUCAUUUAAUGGUGGCUGAACCAGAGAAGAUCUAUGCCAUGCCUGACCCAACGGUUCCUGACAGCGAUAUCAAAGCCCUCACCACACUCUGUGACCUGGCCGACAGAGAGCUUGUAGUUAUUAUUGGAUGGGCAAAGCAUAUUCCAGGGUUCUCCACUCUGUCCCUUGCUGACCAGAUGAGCCUCCUGCAGAGUGCGUGGAUGGAGAUUCUGAUCUUGGGAGUGGUGUACCGGUCGCUGUCCUUUGAGGACGAGCUGGUCUAUGCUGAAGACUACAUCAUGGACGAGGACCAGUCCAAGCUGGCAGGCCUGCUCGACCUAAACAACGCCAUUCUGCAGCUGGUAAAGAAAUACAAGAGCAUGAAGCUGGAGAAGGAAGAGUUUGUCACCCUCAAAGCUAUAGCGCUUGCUAAUUCAGACUCAAUGCACAUAGAAGAUGUGGAAGCAGUUCAGAAGCUUCAGGAUGUCUUGCAUGAAGCCCUCCAGGACUAUGAGGCCAGUCAGCAUGUGGAAGACCCACGCCGAGCUGGCAAGUUUCUGAUGACCCUCCCUCUCCUCCGUCAAACCGCCACCAAGGCUGUACAGCAUUUCUACAGCAUCAAACUGGAGGGCAAGGUCCCCAUGCACAAACUCUUCUUGGAAAUGCUGGAGGCCAAGGUCUGAUUUGAAAUAUCACAGGCCUUUACCUGCUUUUCGUGCACAGAGAGUGGGUUAGGCCACGACCGCUGCAGCUUAAAGGGGAAAACAAAUUGAAACUAUAAAUGAGAGCGUGAGGGAUAGAAACUUUGUGUUUAAAUUAAAAAUAAUAAUUCUAAUUAUAAUAAAGACUGCACUGAUUAUUUAGCAGUAAGACUGUGAACCAGCUUUCAACUCUUUUUUUUCUGACUUUCUAAAGCAGUUUUGUGCUGUCAAACUUUUUCACAAAGAGGUCUCUAAUUGAAGAGAGAAGGAAGCCAGCCCUGCCAAAGGAUGGAAAUCCAUACAAUGGAUGCCAGCGAACUUAUUACUAAACGUUAUGUCCCCAGUAACAAAGGAAUCAAACUGAACCAGUUGCACCGUGUAGUACAGUACACUAUGGUGCAUUGACUGAAUGCAGUAUUAGGUUUCCUAGGAGCAGUCUCUAAUUAGGUGGCCAAGUGACAUUUGGACCGGCUGCUUCUUAUCAUUGCGUUUUCCAUCUAGAUCAGUUACAGCCAUUUGAUUCCUUUAUUGUUUUCUUUCAAGUCUUCCAGAUAAUUCUUCGGUUUUUAGCAACUUAUUGUAACUAUUUCAGGGAAUAGUUUAAGCUUUACUCACUCAUGCAAUACUAAAACAACAAAUUGCAUUUCUUUUUGGUGUGGCUUAAGUAAUGAGGAACAGUAAUGAAGGAAUAAUAAUAAUAAUAAUAAUAAUAAUAAUAAUAAUAAUAAUAAUAAUAAUAAUAAUAAUAAUAAUGGUGAUAACAAUGGUAAUACACUUUUAAGAAAGUUUUUUUUUUUUUUUUUAAUUAUAGUUUUGUUGAUAAUUAAUUGAGAUUUGUUUUGUACCAGCUUUACCACUUUCAGCCAUUUUAUGAAUUGUGUGACUUUUAUCUUAUUCAAGCAAUAGUUUCUAAAAGGGAAGGUGCAUAGUAACACAUAUGCAAUUUAUGUUGUGUGCCAGUCCAGUCAAGAAUGAUUUUUAUUUAAAACACAUGCUCAAGCUUUUACUUCUAUUAGAUUACACCUAUAGCAUAUUGACCAUAUAAGAAAAUGAAUCAAGGUCUUACAAGAUAAUGGUGUCUGUAUACACUGGAUACUUACCUAUAUUAAAACCGAUGGGUUGUUAAUACACUGUCAUUUUAAAAACAAUGUGAAUACAAGAACUGUCUAUGGCAAUGAAGCAAUGUCAAGCUGUUAAAUUAAAUGACAAGGCUUCUUACCAAAAGUAUAAAACUAAAAUGUAUCUGCAAGUCUCUGUUAAUCCUAGUUUCUUUGAAACUAUGAUGAAAUCAGGUUCAAGACUGUUACAGGGUGUAAUCUAAUAAAAUGACCAAUCAUAAUCUCCCCCUGAUUACUGCAGUUGAGAAGUUUAAUAAUAAAACAAUAACUUCUGUCAUCUGCUAUAACCAAUAUAUCAGUAUUAGUAGCUUCUCCCUAUACUCUCUAAACAUCCUUAACCUGUGUACACGUAUUGUAAAUUAAAGAUUGUAAACCUAACCUAAGACCAUUUAUUGGAACAAAAAAUUGUAGUUCAGCUUUUCAGUGUUUCAUGUUUGCUGUCUUUUCCUGAACCUUUUUUUUUUCAUGUUGCAUUCAAAGACUGUUGUCUUGUUCUUGUGGUGUUUAAACUUCUCGUGGUGUACGCUUUUUUAGACACAGGGUAGAAUUAGAGACAAUAUUGGAUGUACCAUUCCUCAGGAGAUUGCAGUAGUAUGCUCUAUACCUUACUGAUUAUAAGGCACUUCCUCAUAACUAUUAAGUCAACAGAUCCAAACAAAUAACUCUCUACUGGCAGAUAAUUGAAAUAAAUGAUAUUUUCAAACAAAAGGGAUACUUUGUGUAACGGUUUAUUGUAGAAUAACAAUGUAUAUCUUAGAUGACAAAUGAAGAAUUUGAAUAUUUCAGAAUAGCUAAGUAUAAUUUUGAAAGACAUGCUGUAAAUAUUGCUUCCCCUCCUCCAAAUCAUCUCAGUUGUUAUUAUUAACUUUAUUCUGUGUGGUUGCAAAACUUUUUUGAUGCGGACAUGUUUCCAAAACUACCGCUUUAUCUUUGUGUGCUUUAAAAAUAUAAAAGGAAAACAAUUAUAAUAGGUUGAAGGUCUACUUUUCCUUCAACCUUGUUCUAUAAAUACUGUGUAUCUAUCAUUACCUAUACAAAACUAUAUUGUAGAUUGUGAUUUCUCAGUAGAGAAGUGACUGUACUGUGAUUCUAGACUUAAUAAUCAUUCAUAGCAACACAUGAGAUGGUCAAUAACUUGAAGAUUAUAGCUGUGAUAAGAAGACGUUGGCACUUUGAUUUAAGUAAAUACACAACUCCUGGAGACAAGGUGCUGCUUUUGUUUAA